GUGUGUGUGACGACAGCGCCAGGCGCGGAGCUAACAAGUUCGGCGAUGGCUGGCAGUGAGUGAUGACCCGGUUACUGUCCGUUGCGCGCAGAGUCGUUUUGGCCGCCGUGCGCUGCAGCGCCCGCGGCUGCAGCGGUCUCGGCAUGUUCUAUGCCGUGAAGAGGGGCCGCAAGGCCGGGGUCUUCCUGACCUGGAGCGAAUGUAGAGCCCAGGUGGACCGGUUUCCUGCUGCCAGAUUUAAGAAGUUUGCCACCGAGGAGGAGGCCUGGGCCUUUGUCCGAAAGCCUGCAAGCCCGGAUGGACCAGAAGGAGAGAAAAAUGAACAUGUACAAGAAUCACAAGUGAAAACAAACAAGCGAGUCCGUGAGCCAUUGGACGGAGAUGAAAAUGCAGAACCGUGUGCGAAGCACGUGAAACAGAACACAGAAUCGGUGCCUUCCGUUAGCAAAGACACUUUUUCUUACAUGGGAGACUUUGUCGUUGUCUACACUGACGGCUGCUGCUCCAGUAACGGGCGCAGGAGGGCACGUGCGGGAAUUGGUGUUUACUGGGGACCGGGCCAUCCUUUGAACUUAGGCAUUAGGCUUCCCGGGCGGCAGACGAACCAAAGAGCAGAAAUUCAUGCAGCCUGCAAAGCCAUCGAGCAGGCGAAGGCUCAGAACAUCAAGAAGCUGGUUCUGUAUACGGACAGUAUGUUUACUAUAAAUGGGAUCACUAACUGGGUUCAAGGUUGGAAGAAGAACGGGUGGAAAACGAGCACGGGGAAAGACGUGAUCAACAAGGAGGACUUUGUGGCGCUGGAGCAGCUGACCCACGGCAUGGACAUCCAGUGGAUGCAUGUUCCUGGUCAUUCGGGAUUUAUAGGCAAUGAAGAAGCUGACAGAUUAGCAAGAGAAGGAGCUAAGCAAUCUGAAGACUGAACGAAGUGAUUUUAAUUCUUGGAAAACCUUCCACUGUGAGCUGGGGAAGGGGCAGAGAGAGGGAGACACAGAAUCCGAAGGAGGCUCUAGGCUCCGAGCUGUCAGCACAGAGCCCGACGCGGGGCUCGAACCCACAAGCCGUGAGAUCAUGACCUGAGCCAAAGUUGGACGCUUCACCGACUGAGCCACCCAGGCGCCCCACUUUGGCUGUUUUUCUUAAAAGCACUGUGCAAGUUAAAGUUUGAUAUAGUUGUUUACUUUUACCUUUCUUUGUUUACUACUUUGUUUUAUCAUAAAAACAUACAGAAAAUGACACAAAUGUAUAGCUUCUUGAAUUAUUACUGUAAGGUUAAUUCCCAGGCGAGAACUAGAACUUGGCUGGACACCCCAGAAAGGCUCUCCACGUUCUCCAAUCACAGCCCCUCCCUCCCUCCAAAAUUAAUCCUGACUUUUAUAGAAAUGACUUGCUUGUGUUUCUUUAUGGUAAUUCGGCCUUGUGUACUUUUUUUUUUAACUUGAGAUUUCUUAAGUUUCCUUAAUUUACAGGUUCCCCUGCCAUUUAUUGGGAUCCUCACAAGGUUUACCCGUUGAGGAACCUGGGCCACUUGUCCUGUCGUUUCCCACGGUCUAGAUUUCUCCAUAUACACUCUACCGGCACAGUCUGGCAUUUUCUUUUGUCUUCUGAAUUUCCUGCAAGUUGGCAGCGGGACCCAGAGGCUUGAUCAGGAUCGGGUUCCACAUGUUCAGCAAACGGUAGAUGGUCGCGUGCGGUCACUUGCAGCUGCAGGCUGCGGUCGUCUUCUUGAUGUUGGCAGCUGCCGGUGCUCAGUGUCCGGAUCCACUCGUCGUUUGGGCUCCAAAGUGGUGACACUCUGGGAUGUUGCCCAUAGUUAUUGGCUGGAGUGGUUUCAGAAGAUGCUUCCUGUCGCCUAUCUGGUUAUGCCGUGGUGGCGUUUGUUUAGGGAAGUCAGCAGACAUGCAAAGAUGAUUGGUGUGUCGUCUUUAGAGGGCGACCGAUCAAGGUUUUUUAUUUAUAUAUUUUCAUAACGUGUGUCGUGAGCUUGUGUACUUAUGCCUGCUUGAUAGGUUUCAGGUCAUUGCGGUAUUUAUCUUUAUUGAACCCACAUGGUAGCUUCUUUGGCCUGUAGGAGGGAGGUUCUUCCGGUUGGCUCUUGAUUUCUUUGGAUAUUCGUGUGUACACACAUAUGCACUGACCACACCCGUUUACACGUAUAGACCACAGGCACACUCGUGCACAGUCCACGUGCCCUGGCAUGCUCACACACAGACCACGCAUGUAUGUGCCCCCAGUCAUCUGCUCCAAUGCUGUCUGCUGUGUGGGGACUCAAGACCCAUCUGUACAUUUCCUCCUCCAGAUCUGGAAUUGGCUGUUCCUCUAAGAAUCUCCCCUCCCCUCCCCGCCCCUCCUCUCCCCUCUCUUUCUUUCCCUCCCUUCCUCUCUUUCUCUCUCUCUCUCUUUCUCUCUUCCUCCCUCCCUUUCUUUCUUUCUCUCCUUCUUUCCCUCCCUUCCUCUCUUUCUUUUUUCUCUUUCUCUUUCUCUUUCCCUCCCUCCUUUCUUUCUCCCUCCCUCCCUCCCUCCCUCCCUUCCUUUCUUUCAAGGUAAGGAAUGUCCACACCCAAUAUGGGGUUUGAACUCAUGACCCCAAGAUCACGAGUUGCCUGCUUUGCUGACUGAGACAGCUGGUUGCCCCUGGCAAAAAAGGUAUUUCAGGUGCUCAUUGCUGUGGGGUUGGUCUUUGCCUCUAGGUCUUUUCAGGGAACAGAAUUCUAAAACAUGCACAUACACAUAUUUUAAAGAUAAAAUAUUUGAGUUCAUGUUGAUAUUCUCAAUAGAAACUCAGGAUUUCAGAGUACCUAACUCUUCUAUAUCAUGUCUGUGUCUCCUUCUACACUGAGGAUCCUGGGAUAGAUGUUCCUUAACUACCAGCUUGCUUUUUUCCACUUGAACAUGCAGUGUGUGGACACGAACACUAACGUGUAUUAUAGUGAAAACAGUGCUGGGUGUACGUUGCCGGCCAUUACUUGAUAAGAUCUCCCCCUCUUGCCCUCCUCUGGUUUUCCUCCUGUGCAUUUCAUGGCCACACAACCAGCGUUUGGUCAGUGUCCUCUUGGAAACCAAAUUCCCUGAGCUCCCCACGUUGAACUUUGUUUGCUUUAUGCUUGAAAGCGGUAGGAUAGAAAUCCUUGGCUCACAUUUUCUUUCCUUGAGUGUCUAAACUACCGAUUUUGUUUUCUUCCAGCACGAAAAGUCUAACGAGUCUUACGUUCCCUCUUAUAAGUCAUGUGCUCUUUGCCUAGAUGUCCAAGGCGUGAGUUUCUUGUUCUUGUCUCUCCAGUCCUUACUGUGUCAGACUGUGUCCCUGUGUCCCGCGUCGGUUGCCCGCGGUCAGAAUUUGCAGGAAUAGGGUGAGCUCUUGGCGCGUAUACGUCCAAAUCUGCUACUUCAGCAAGCUUGCCUUGAAUUGUGGCUUAGAGUUCUGUUUUUCUUGGUUUUCUUUGGGGGUGGGGGACCUUGUUCUGUGUAUGGGAACAUCUGGUUUAGCCAUUCAUGGUCUUUUCCUCUUUUUCUUGAAUCUCAUUUAUGUUUUAAGUUUCCUUUGUUUUUUUAAAAGUUGUCCUCCUGGUGACGUCCUGUCUCUGAAGGCAUUACUUACUGUCUUCAUUUGCUCUCGAUUCUCAUUUCUGAAAGUACUUGUCUUUCUAGUUUUCUUGAGCUGUCACCUUAUUUCUGGUGUUUUCUAGCACUAAUCUGCCACCCUCCCAUCUUGGAUCUCGUUGUUUGAGGCUUUGAAGCCGCACAUUUGGACCUGUGUGGUGUCUCUCUGGAGUGCUCUCGCUGUCAGCAGGCUUUUAUUUUCCUUUUCUUUUUUCUGAGAAUAGCUCUGCGUGGGAUCGACACUUUCCUGUCGCUCAUUUUCCUAAACAUUUAGUUCAGGUCGUUUUUCUCACUCCACAGAGCUCUCUGCCCUGUUGAAUCUUGAAUAAUGCUAAAAAUGUGGCGGCUGGCUCCCGGCUCUGGCCCUGCCCUCCUUGCACUGGGUCCCUCUCCUUCCUGUCUGUUGUCCCUGUGCUGUGCUGCUGGCUGUGUCCCCACAACACGGGUCCCUGCCGGCUCGGCUGCGGUGGAUCUCGGGCUCCACGGCUCCAGCCCUCCGACCUUCUUGAAGCGGGUCCCUUGCACCCGUCACCACCGGGGGCGGACAGCCGCCCUGCUUCAGCCACCGGCCUCAGGCCGGCCCACCAUGCUUUGCAGUGGACACCCGCCGUUUCCUUUGGGGUUGUCCUUUCAGGGGCCCGUCAGGACCCAGUGGCCUCACUGUGCUUUUCCCCGUGGGUGUGCAGGCUGUGCUGGGCGUGCCGUGCCCUUCACUGCCGCACGUUGGCUUUGUGGAGUCCCCACACCGCUGUGCUUUUUAGCAGCUUUGUGGCGGUGUGAUCGACAGGCAGCAAAUGGUGUGAAGGUAAAGUGGGCUGUGGACUCACCUGGGAACCUCUCGCCAGGACUGCCUGUCAUUCCCCCCCCCCCCCCCCCCGCCCCUCUGAGAUCCUUCCCUCUUUGACCCCAUCCCCCGGAGACCUUCCGUUUGCUUUCCGUCGCUGUAGACUAAUUUGUGUUCUUUGGGAUUUUGUAUAAAUAGAGUCAUGCAACAUAAACUGUCUGUGGCAGGAGUUUCUUUUCGUCGGUGUAACUAUUGUGCCCCCCCCCCCCCACGUGGGUAUCAGUAGUUGGCUUCCCUUCACUGCUAGGUGGUGCCCCUUGUAGGCAUGUCCCAGUCUGUGCGCCCAUCCUCCUGUUCGAGGCUGUCCCCUCCGUUUGGGCUGUUGUGGAGAGAGCUGCCUGAGCACCGACAGGCCAGUCCUUCUGCGAGCACGUCCUCUGAUUUCUUUAAGUGGAACAGCUGGGCCACAGGGCAGUGGGUGCUCGACUUCAAGGAACGCCAGCUGACCCCUCUGGCCAUUCGACUUUCCCACCAGCAGGGCAGGAGAGUUCCGGUUCGCUCCGCGUCCCCGCCGGUGCUUCUGGUCACCUCGUUCUGUUAGGUCCGCGGUUCUGUUUCGGGUGAAGACUCGGGAAGAUCCCACAGCGCCCUAGCUGCCGCCACUGCCCUGCUCCGCCCCCGAACGUCUGAUUUUGCUUUAAUGGGGCGGCGCCUCUUUGUGGGCCCAGGAUUGGAAGUACAGAGGUGAGAGAUCGUGCCUCCCAGACCUUCCAGGCUGCUGGGCAAUUUGCACAAGUGCACGUACCGUCCGUGCGGAACCGAACGUGCGUGGAGCUCCAGGUAGGAGGAGGCCCGGCCGCUUUCAGUGAGAAGGGGAACAGGACGCCUUCAGGAAGCGCAUUCCUUCUUGGGGUUGCCUAACGUGCAGCUGCCUCAUUACAGCUCCAGAGAGUCGUGGUUCUGUCCACUUUGUCAGCUCCCGGAGACAUUUGAGGGCUGCUGCGUAGACCAGGCGGGGCGCCGUGCCGUGAGGGACCGCCGCGUAGACCAGGCGGGGCGCUGUGUCGUGGAAGAUACCA